GCUCACUUUCCUAUUUAAACAGCGCUGACUGCUGCUCCCGACAAAGCCGGCCUUGAGCUGAAGCCGCCCAUUCCUGGAGUGUCCAAGUGUGUGUCAGUGCUCAGAGUGAUGGGGGUCGCUGCUUAUCUCUGUCUCCUUCUGUCCUGUCUGCCAGGCGUUCGAUCCGCGAUCGUGCUGAAUCAGACCCCGACCGUGGUGGCGAAGCCCGGAGAGUCCCUCAAACUGACCUGUGAAACCAGUGGGUUCAGCCUCAGCAGCUACGCCGUGAGCUGGGUGAAACAGGUCCCCGGGAAAGGGCUGGAGUGGGUGGGAGCGAUAGAUUAUGAUGAUGAUGAAUAUUACGCGACUGCCUUCCGCGGCCGAUUCGAGGUUUCCAAGGACAGCAGCAACGUCUAUCUCCAAAUGACCAGCCUGAGUCUGGCCGACACGGCCAUCUAUUACUGUGCGAGAGACACAUGUGACUAUCUUGAAUACUGGGGUGCAGGAACCUCGCUGACAGUGACUUCAGAGGAUGUGGUUUUGCCUUCAGUCCACAUCACCUCUUCCUGCAACACAGAAUCUGGCCAAGAGAUCAGCAUCCUCUGUCUGGUCAAGGACUACCAACCUGCGAUCAUCAGUCAGACAUGGUCCACCAGCAGUGGGGUCAUCGCCACUGGAAUCACAAAGUACCCACCAGUGUUGGGACAAAACAACAAGUACACAAUGAGCAGCUUGCUGCGAGUCCCUGUGGCAGAUUGGAACAGGAAAACCGUCUACUACUGCAAGGCAGGAUCCAAGCCGGACAACAUGGUAAUAACGGCGUUCCCGAAGCUUCAAGCUCCACAGCUCAUCCCCCUUGUUCCAUCUCCGGAGGUUCUCCACAAUCAAACAACUGCUAUCCUGGGCUGCAUGAUAUCCGGAUUCUCUCCUGACAAUAUUAAAGUUUCCUGGAAAAAAGCUGGACUUAAUCAAGCGGGCGUCGUUCUCCCGUCCACUCCGAGAACUAACGGUGGAUUUGAAACAGUUGCUUACCUGCCGUUGAGUGUGGAGGAAUGGACCAACAAACAGGAAUAUACUUGUGAAGUGACCCACGCGCCUUCCGGCUUCAGCGACAGGAUCAACAUGAGAUAUCAAGACGGUGGAGAAUGUCCCGGCUGUUCGAAGUGUCUGCCGAAGUUCAUCUAUCAGAGUAAUCUCGAUGUGACAUUCUCAGAUGGUUCUACCCGGCAGUAUAAUUGUUGGGAAGGAAAGUGUGAAAUAAAGUAA